CCUCGUUGAUAACACGCAACGGAGUCUCUGUCCGUAUUCAAGCAAGCGCCGGCCCGGCCGGAGCUCGCAUCGAUCAUGAUACACAAGUUGAGUUGAUCCCGUUGGAGCCAGAGUGUGUGCAACUCCCCCCAACGCGCGCGGGCUGUGCUUGCGGGGCAUGAAUCCUCAUCAUCGCCUUGACACAGCCCUUCGCCUACUGGAGAUAUCCCAAGCCCGCUUAGUACCUUAUAAGGUACUCGGCUCCGGCUAGCCCUUCAUACACUUGCACAGAGCGGCCAGAAUGUGUGAAACUAUUGCUCUGCUCCUCAUGGUCCACCAUACGGCCGUCUCCACCUCUGAGGUGCUUGCAUGUUUGACGAUUCAGCUCCGUGCUUGCAUACGACCUGAGGCAGCCUUUGGUUCUGAGAACACACAGAGAACGUUUGAGACAAAGAGAAGACUGAGAGAUCAUAUCGAAAACGGGGCCGAAAACGGGAGGGAAACGGCAACAAACUUCCCCGCUUUCCAGCCGUCACGGACCUGGUCUUUGAUGAUGAGCUGGCAAACUGGCGUUCGCACUCCAGCCGGGUCGGUCACUGACGCCUUGCGCGAUAUGCAGAGCAACCCAAACCACCAGCGACGACGAGAAAUGACUUUGUCGCCAUCCGGCGAGGCAGACGAGGAGGAGGCCGUCUGGGCAAAUUUGCACAAGUCUUUGUUCACCAGGCUUCACAACCUCAUCUGGUACUUGUGCAGCCAAUCGUGUCUUGUUCGGAGCGUCCCGCCAAGACGAGCCCAUUCUGCGAUGACUCAAACGGGAAUCACCUCGUCGCGGAACAAGUUAACGUAGCAGACGACAGGAUCGCGAUAUCGGACCACCAUCGCGACGUAUGACUCUGGAAGGCUGAGGGACAGGAGGCUGGCAAUGCCAACCAUAUCAGGGUCAAGACAGCUGACAGACACAAGAUCGAAUCGCCAAGGAUGACCAUUUCUCAGGCUGGGUUAGCUGAGGUUAGCGACCGUGUUACCCAGCCGCGAUCCAUUA